AUGCGCCGGGAACGGGGAGCAGCCGGGGGGCUCCGGGCUGGGUGGGUGGGUUCUGCUGCCUUCGCCCCCCCCUUGUUUUUCAUCCCUGCUAGGCGAGCUCCCCUAGCCAGCCGCGUUACUCGGCGCGGGGAGGUGAGGGAAGGAAACAGUGUGCAAAGUGACUGUUCUCCGCUUUGUUUUAAGCGCUCCGGCGGCGGCGGCGUCUCCCGGGCGGUGAAAUGCAGGACGAGCGGUCCCGCCGUGCUGUUUCCACCUCGGGGAGAGCGCGAAACGAGAGAGAAAGAGAGAGAGAGAGAGAGAGAGAGAGAGCGUGAGGGGAGAGCGAUCGGUGGUGACUCGGGGGCUGGCCGGGCUGCUGCUGGGGCUCGGCGGCCGCAGACGGUGGAUUUGUGGGAAGAGGACGGGAUGAGAAAUAAACGCACCUGGCCGGCGGUGUCUAGGGGAGCGGGGGCCGGGUGUCCCCGCUGGCUGCCGGAGCCCCUGGACUCCGGACGCGGACCCGCCGAGCUGCAAUGGACGCUGGCCGCCGCUGGCCGCAGAGCGGAGCAUCCCCGCCGCCGCCGCCGAGGAGGGAGAGCUGCCCGCCCGGAGCCGGCCCGCAGCGCGCCCCUCGCCCGAAGAGGGAGCGGGAGUUUCCUCUUCGGCAUCGCUCCGGUGACCGCGGGCUGUGCCGGCCGGCCGCCCUGAUAGGUUGCGUGGCAGCCACGGCGCGAGCGAAUAGGUAAACGCCACUGUGUAGAUGUGCUGUUUGGAGAGGAGGAAAAAAAAAAAUUAAAAAAUUAAACCGUG